UUAUUUUUGAAAUUUAACGAAAUACCUAAUGUUUGUCAUUAGCAACCUCAUGGUAACGAAUUGCAGUUUCUAAAGAUAGCUCAUUUGUAUCCUGAGAGAAACCAAAGUGCUUUAACCCAGAUAUGCCCACUGUACUAUAUAUAGUACACGCAAAUACAUGUCUCAACGUGUCCGAACAUGAGUCGAAGUGGCAUUUCGGGUGCACACAGGCAUUCAGUAAGAAGUAGUGGUUGCGUAAAAGUGCAUAGGUUUGCAAUUAAGUGUUAAUUACUGUCAUUGUUAUUUUUUAAAGUUUGUGAAAUAUCAUUAAUGGCGGAAUACGAUGUACGAUUUGUUAGAGGUUUUUCGUUAAACGAGGCUUUGGCAAUGUUAGAAGAUGACGGCGAACUGGCAGAAAACGUCGAUUCUUUGACCAUUUUUCCACCAGAGAAUGCUUGCGGUGAUCAAACCGAUGGAGAUUCUGGAGAGGAGGAUGCCACAAACCUAAAUAAUUUACCUGGACCACAACUUCAACCUCCAGCUGAAAUAAAUUUCAGAAAUAUUGACUGUCAGAAUCAAAAUCAAAAGAAUGAUGACGAUUAUGCUUCAGACGACGAAAUUCCUCUUUCAGCCUUGAGGGUAAAGAAAGCAAGGGUAGAAAAAAAUACGAAAAAAAGAAAAAGUUAUAAAUGGACGGAUAACGACUUGGAGCCUAAUAAUAUAAUUUUUAAUGGCCAAGUAGAUGAAAAUGAUAACGAUAUAAGUCCUUUGGAGCUAUUUUCACUUUUCUUUGAUGAUGAAAUACUGGAUCUAAUAGUAAUCGAAAAUACUACUAAAAUAAAAGCAAGGGACAAAUUCGCAAAGGUGAGGCCUUUAUUCCAACAUCUGAAUACAAAAUUUUUAGAAAAUAGUAUAUGCGAGGAGAUGCAUUGCGUUGAUGAAGCCAUGGUACCAUACUUUGGUCGUCAUGGCUGUAAACAGUUUAUACAUGGUAAACCCAUUCGAUAUGCAUAUAAACUGUGGGUAGGGGCAACGCGACUGGGCUAUGUNUUUAGAAAAUAG